AUUCACUUUCGGCUGCUGUGCCGAUCUAUAACGGUUGUGUGGCUCGUCGAGGCGAGCUCAUCGCUGAUCAAGUCGAGGAAGCCAGCUGAUAGAAAAUUGGAUUAUUCUCACAUCACGGUUGAGCUUCAAACAGUAGAUGGAUUGGUAAAAGACAGAACUCAGUGUGCUCCUAAUGGCUACUAUUUUCUUCCAGUUUAUGACAAGGGUUCCUUUGUAAUCAAAAUCAAUGGACCUGCAGGAUGGGCAUGGGACCCAGAGAAGGUUCCCGUUGUUGUUGAUGACAGUGGUUGCAAUGGCAAUGAGGACAUUAAUUUUCGGUUCACGGGAUUUACCAUAAGUGGAAGAGUUGUUGGAGCUGUUGGUGGAUCGAGUUGUCCACUAAAAGAUGGUGGACCCUCCAAUGUGAAUGUCGAACUCUUGUCUCUUACUGAUGAUCUUAUCUCUUCUGUUUUAACAUCAUCUAAGGGGAGUUACCUGUUCAAAAAUAUUGUUCCUGGGAGAUAUAAAAUACGUGCUUCCCAUCCUAACUUGAAAGUUGAAGUUAGAGGCUCCACAGAGGUUUAAUGCUUUUUUUUUCUUUUAGGUUUUCUUUUUCUUUUUCCCUUUCUUAAUUUUAAUCUGCUUCUC